AUGGAGAAGUCAAGAAAACUGGGAUCAGUGAAAGAUGAGGACCAGUAUUAUCACCAGGGUGCUGUGGAGCUGCUGGUCUUUAACUUUUUGCUCAUCCUUACCAUACUAACCAUUUGGCUGUUUAAAAACCACCGAUUCCGCUUUCUGCACGAAACGGGAGGCGCCAUGGUCUAUGGCCUCAUCAUGGGAUUAAUUUUGCGGUAUGCAACGGCACCAUCUGACCUUGAAAACGGAACUGUCUAUCAUUGUGAGAAGAUCAACGUUAGCCCGCCCACUCUGCUUGUUAACAUCACAAAUCAAGUCUAUGAGUAUCAAUACAAAAGAGAAAUCAGCCGGCACAAUGUCAAUGCACACCAAGGCAAUGUGAUGCUACAAAAGAUGACCUUUGAUCCUUCAAUCUUCUUCAACGUUUUAUUACCUCCCAUUAUAUUUCAUGCUGGAUACAGUUUAAAGAAAAGACAUUUUUUUCGCAACUUGGGAUCAGUACUAACGUACGCCUUCUUGGGGACUGCAAUUUCUUGUAUAGUGAUAGGUGUGACAGAUUUUGGAAUGGCUACCAAGAGUUUCCAGGUUCAGAAAUAA